AUGACGAAAGUCGUAUUUCUCACGUAUUUGAUUAGUUUAAGUAUAUGUUUAACAUAUACAUAUCGACCAGAUUGUGCUAUUGGUCCUGCCUACUGGUGUAAAUCAUUUCAAAAUGCUCAAGAUUGUGGUGCUCUACGUCAUUGUACUGAUACAAUAUGGCGUUAUGAUGAACAACGUAUAUCGAUCGAUUCAUCGACUAAAUGUGAAUGGUGCGAAAAGAUUCUUGAAAAUACGCAUAAAGCUAUAGAAAAUGUAGCAGAUAAUGAAGAUUUAAUUAAAUUCACAUUAUUAAAUGGAUGUAAAAUGCUACCAUUAGAAGAUAUUUCAUCGAAAUGUACCAAUGUCGUUGAAAAUUAUCGAACAACAGUAAUAGAACUGAUGAAACAUAAAACUUACGAUAGAUUAUGUCGUUUAAUGGAUAUUUGUCAAAAUAAUGAAAUAUACACAAAUAAAGAAAAACCAUAUGUUGAUACACAAUCAAAAAUAUUAUGUAAUGUAGUUGUUCGUGCUACGCAAGAACUUCAUGUGAAUCAACAAAAACCUAGAAGUGAAAUUCAAACCUAUUUGAAAGCUGAUUGUCAACAAUUAGCUGAUUUUCAACUUGUAAAAAGAUGUGAAGAUUUAAUCGAACGGCAUGGUAAUGAAAUCUAUGCACAUGUAGUCAGUCGUGUGGAAUUAUCAAAAAUUUGCGACUAUAUUGAAGAUUUCGGUAUUCAACUUGCUUCACCAGUUGGCUGCGAUAUGUGUACAUUCGUUGUGUCAACAGCUAAAGAAAUGCUUGAUACUAAACAUGAUGAAGAUAAAGUACUUCUCUAUAUUGAUGAACACAUAUGUUCACGUUUAACUGGUGUAUUAAAGAAAAAUUGUAAACAAGUGGUCGAUACGAAUGGGCGGGAUUUGAUUGAAAAUCUUCAAAAUGGAAUACAUCCGAUGCUUCUUUGUACACAUUUUAUGUAUUGUUUCGAUAAAAUUGUGGAUGAAACAAGUCCAAUACAAAAAAAUGAAAUGCGCUCAUUUCUUAUGAAUAAUAUCUGUGAUAAACUUGGAUCAUUUAAAAGUGCUUGCGAAGCUUUAUUGAGAAAAGAUGGUAAUGCUCUAUUGCAAGUACUUCUCAAUGAAAUUAAUGGUCGUGAUUUAUGCAAAAUAUUUGGAUUAUGCCAACAUGUAUCAUUUUCCACUUAUGAAUUAAGUGUUCGAGAUGAUCCAGAUCAAUGCAAACGUUGUUUAACACAUUUCAUUCGACAAAAACAUAUUGCUGAAAAACUUGUAAAUCAUUCAUCGGAAUUUCUUCAUCAUCUUUGCGGACAAUUACCUCAAAAAGAUGAUUGUACUAAAGCAGUUGAUGAUUCGAUUAAUGAACUUGUUACAUUUAUUCAAUCAUUGGAUCCAAGAACUGUUUGUGUCGAUUUAAAAAUGUGUGAUCCAACAUCAUUAUCAAAUAUUAGAACAACACAAGUUGUUCCAUCGGAUGAUUCGAUCAAAGGAGAUAUUAUUGAAUAUAUCAAAUCAGAUGUUUGUACUAAACUUGGAUCAUUAAAUUUAUUCUGUCAUCGAUUGGCAGAUAGUGAGGGAUUAAAUCUACUUAGUCUUGUUAGUAAAACUAUUGAUCCACAUAGAGUAUGUUCAAUAGUUGAUGUAUGUCCAACGAAUCCUGUAAUGAAAAUUUGUGAGGAUAAAUGUCAAUGUUGUACGAAUAAAGUCGAAAUUUAUCACACAAAAUUAGCAAAAUUUAUGGAAGCUAUUGUUGCAAGUACACGAGUUUUGUGCGAUCAAGUAUCGGGUCGAGAUUCAUGUCUUCAACUGACUGAUAGAAUCGAAACCAAUGCUAAGAAAUUUAUUUCACGAUUUGAUUCUAAGAAAGCUUGCCAAUCAUUGACUUUAUGUAAAAGUUCUGAGAUGAAAACAAAUGAAGAUCAAUGUCGCACUUGUCAAAAUGAUAUUGACCAACGUCAACAUCGUUUUCUUUCAGUAAUCAAUGAAGUAACAACAGAAUCUCUUUCAUUAUGUACGGAUAAUGAUUGUCGUACAAAUGUUCGAUCUCAGCAAGAAGAAAUAUUAGAUACGAUGAACAAUAGCAAUUCACAAAACCUUUGUCAACAUUUAGGUUAUUGCGAAUUAGAUAAUACAUAUGAACUGAGUUCAACAUUGUUACGUUUAAGAAGUCUUGCUCAUUAUCAAGCUAAAAAUCUCGAUGAACGUUUGCAAUCAAUCGAUGUCUGCUCUGACUACGGACAAUUAAAAUCUAUGUGUGAACAUAUAUUAGUAUCGUCACAAGGUCAUCGUUAUACUAAUGUUUAUAUGGCUAUAUUGAAAAAUAAUCCAAAAUUAAUUGAUGUUGAUUUACGUGAGCAAUUAUCAAUUAAAGCUAAUGCUGAUCUUUGUGGUUCGUGUAAAAAUGCUAUUGCAUCAUCAAAAAUGUUCUUAAAUAAUGCUUUAGAUUCCAUUCUUGAAACAUUAAUUCAUACAUGUGAACACUGUCCAGUAAAAGAUCGAUGUCGCGAUUCUAUAAAUGAACGAGUGAAUAAUAUUAAAUCCUAUAUCAAUGACAAUUAUAUUAAUGCUGACCAAUUUUGUACUAUUCUUGGCCUGUGUAAAAUUUCACAUCCAUCCAUUGCAGUUCUACCAACACAAUCAGAAGAUGAAGAAACAGAUCUAUUGAAAGAUUCGAAUUCUACUUGUAUUCUUUGUGAAUAUACAAUGAAAAUUCUCUCAAAUUAUAUUCAUCAAAAUUCAACGGAGCAAGAAAUUGAACAAAGUUUAGAGAAAAUUUGUAAUCAAAUGCCAGUCACUUUACAAAAGCAAUGUCAUGAAUUAAUUGAUAAUUAUGGUCCACCCAUUAUUGCAGUACUUAUUAAUGAUUUCGAUCUCUCGACUAUUUGCCGAAAACUUAAUUUAUGUACAAAUCAAAUGAAAGUACAAGUUUCUUAUCUGACAAAAGCCAAUCAAGCAACAUGUGGCAUCUGUGAUUAUGUUUCAACUUAUAUCAAUUUUGCAUUGAAACGUGAUUCAAGUGAAAAAUCACUGCAACAUGCAUUGUCAACUGUUUGUCAUCAUUUAUUAAAUGAACAAUAUUCACAAUGUCAAACAUUAAUUCAAUUAGUUGCACCGCAUAUUCGAACAUUAGAACUUGGUCUUAAUAGAAAUUUUUGUCAACAAUUAACUAUUUGUCAAAUACCCAUGAGUGAAUUACAGCCAGCCAUUGAUCUUAAUCAAAUACCGUCGAACGACAAAUCAUCGAUUGAAAAAGAUGAACAAUUCAAAGAAAUUAUUGUGAAAAAUUUAGAUGAUACACCAGAAUGUAUGCUUUGUCAUUAUGCUGUUUCCUAUUUGGAUGCUAUCUUGAAGAAUAAUAAAUCUGAAGCUGCUGUUGAAGCUGCUUUAGAAAAAGUGUGCACUAUUUUACCACGAAAAGAACGUGUUCGAUGCGAUACAUUUGUUAAAAAUUAUGGACCAGUAAUUGCUGAAUUGAUUGCUGACAGUGCUGAUCCCGAUGCUAUUUGUCGUUAUCUUGGCUUGUGUCAAGUUGUUUCAGCACAAGAAACAACAACGAUAGAAUCAGCGCCAAUCGUAUAUUGA